GGAGGAGGAGGAGAAGGAAGAGGAAGGGGAGGAAGGUUGGUUUAGUUUCGAGAAAGGACGCAAGUCUUGGACUGAAUGAAGCUGAGCCACACUGGAAAACCAAAGCUACGUUUUUAAAGAAAAACAGCAAGAAAACGCUUCCUCCUUAUCACCUUUUCUUUUUUUUUUUAAGAGAAGACAAGCUUGUAGAAACAUCUACUUUGUGUCUUCAGGUUUCAGGUGUUCCUGAAUGCACCAUGGAGGAGGGAAGUUGCUUUGGUGGAUGCUAGGGAGCAUCACAAGUGGACGUCAGCUAAAAGACCAAAGAAGAAAGGCGUGUGUGAGAGAAUGUGUCAAGUCAUUGUAACUUGCCGCUCCAUGCUGUGGACCCUGCUCAGCAUCCUCGUGGCCUUCGCUGAGCUCGUUGCCUUCAUGAGCCCCGACUGGUUGCUGGGAUCCCCGCGCUCGAAUUCCAGCGUGAGCCACGCGGGGAUGGACUCUGGGGAGUACCGGCCCUCCCUCGGCCUCUACAGCCGCUGCAUUCGCCUGGCCACCCGGGGCGGAGCUGUUAGCUGCGGACCCUACGCCGGAUCUUUCUUAGAGGUGGCCAGUGGCUUCUGGCAGGCGGCCAUGUUGUUUCUGGCCGGCGGGACGCUAGUGCUCGGAGUGGUGGCCUGCAUCUCCAUCUUCAGUCUUUGCUUCCAGAGCAUCUUAAGGAAAAGCAUUUUCAACAUAUGCGGCGUGAUGCAGGCGAUCGCCGGCCUCUUGCUCAUGGUGGGUCUCAUGCUCUACCCUGCCGGAUGGGGUUCCGAGAAGGUGAUGAGCUACUGCGGGCCCGAGGCCUCCCCCUUCAUGCCGGCCCUGUGCUCUCUGGGCUGGGCUUUUUACGCCGCCAUCGGGGGGACCCUGGCCGUCUUCCUGUGCGCCGUUUUGUCCGCCCAGGCAGAGAUCGCCACCUCCAGCGAUAAGGUCCAGGAGGAAAUAGAAGAGGGGAGGAGUCUCAUCUGCCUCCUGUGAGCACUAGGAGUGAACGGACUGUGGACCUUUGGUAUUCUGGAGGUAUUCUUUCUUGAUAAAAACAUUGUAGAAUAUUGGUUCUCAUGCUUUGUUGACAUUGUUUAGUGCAUACAGUUAGAUACACAUUGUUAUACACAAAAUAGGCAGCAAACAUCUUUCGGAUGCACUGUCAUUGUUCGGUAACACUUUAGUAUGGGGAACACAUUCACCAUUAAUUAGUUCCUUAUUAACAUGCAAAUUAGUAACAUAUUGGCUCUUAAUUAGUCAUUAUUAAGUACUUAUUAAUGUCUUAUUCUUUAUGGCCUUACUAUACAACCAGUAAGCCAUUAACUAAGAGUCUUCCCUUAAUAACCUCAGAAUUAUUGCUUAUUGGUAACCCUAACUCUAACCCUAACCCUUAUAUGUUCCCCUAGUGUUCAAAUAACUCUAAAUUAAGUCUUUGUUACUGUUUUGAUUGAUUGAUUGAUUGAUACCUUUAUUAGUAGAUUGCACAGUUCAGUACAUAUUCCGUGCAAUUGACCACUAAAUGGUAACACCCGAAUACAUUUUUCAACUUGUUUAAGUCGGGGUCCACGUUAAUCAAUUCAUGGUAAACUGUCAUGUCUUUGUGAUCAUGUCUGUUUAGUUAUGUUCUGUUUUGUUUUUGACUCCAUUAGUUCCUGUUUUUCCGCACUCUUGUUUGUUUUGUCACCAUGACUACCAAUUAAUUUUCACCUGUCUUGUCACGCACCUGGUUCAUUUGGACUCAUGCACCUGUUAAUCACCACAACAUUUAAGCCUAUAGUUGCCAGGCAAUCAGUCUGGCGACAUCACCUUCUACUCACCCUCUACCACCCUCAUAAUCCAUGCUGAUGAACCAUGCUGUCUUUUUCAUACUCUUUUCUCGGUCCAAAUAAAUGUUCUUAAUUCACGCCAUAGUUGCCUCAGUGCAAGUCUUGGUUUUCAUAGCCAACUUUUUGGACCUCCUCUGUGAGAGCUUUUCGUUGGUACCUUUUUAGAGUUAAUAAUUAAAAGAUGUCCUUACCUUCAUGCCAUGUUCGUUCCAAUCGCUUUGCACCUCGGGAAAACAAACCAGAUCAUAGUCCACGCCUUAACAAUUACUUUAAAAGCAACUAAUUAAUGGUGAAUAUGUUCCCUAUACCAAAGUGUUACCAAAUUUAGUUAAUCAAUAUUGGCUCUUAAUUAGUCAUUAUUAAGUACUUAUUAAUGCUUUAUUCUUCAUGGCCUUAUUAUACAACCAGUAAGCCACUAACAAAGAGUCUUCCCUCAAUAACCUCAGAAUUAUUGCUUAUUAGUAACCCCAACCCUUAUAUGUUCCCCUAGUGUCCAAAUAACUCUAAAUGAAGUUUUUGUUACUUUAAUAAGGAACUAAUUAUUAGUGAAUAUUUUCCCCAUACUAAAGUGUUACCCAUUUUUCUUGUCUUUUUCCAUCCCCCCUAAAACAUUAUUAUUGCCACUGAAAAGAAAAAUCCUCACAAAUUGAGGAGAAAAGUAUUUUUAAAGAACACACAUAGGGUGUAGUUGCUUCUUCCUACUGGUGAACUGCAGUAUCUACAAAAUAUAUACAUAACUAUAAAUGCUGUAAUUCCAGAUGGGACGCUUAUUUACUUAAACUGUAUCCCCUAAAAUUAAGAGAGGCUAUUGUUAAUUCUGAAAUGUGAAACUUCAUUAUGUAUAACAAGUUAAUUCCGUAAAAGUCUAAUAAUAAUGUGUAAUUUGAAAAUGGGAAAGAAAUUCUUGCGCUCUUUUUGACCACAUGGUCUUUUAUUUAGCUACAGAACCAAUGUUGUAAUAGAGAUAAAUAACAAACUGCACAGUCAGCAUUAAACACCACUUUAAUAGUAAAAAACAUUACGACAAGAGUUUUGACCCAUCACCAACAGCUGACAAACACACCGCUCAUGAUAUUUAAAAGGCAGCUUCUGUCAUAUUCCAGAGUUAAUAAAAAUAAUUUCAAUAAAAAACUACUGCCUUCAGCUGUUGAUGGUAAUGUUGUUUGUUCUGUAGAGCGUAGACCACACACUCGGCGACUAUAGUAGACGUGGCAAUUAAUUGAAUUGCGGUAUUGAUUAUAGCAUUUACAGUGUAUGAAGUGUGUUCAAAUAUGUUUAUUAGUGUGGUCAGAGUUUGCAUUUGUGCAUGAGAAAAGGUAGCAUUGUUGUUAUUGUAUGGCAGCAUUUUUUUAACAUGGCUUUGUGUGAUUUAAUCAUACACUGUGCUAGUCUAAGUUGUGGCCAGGGAGUAAACACGAGGGCACAACUUUCAGCAAAAACACAGAAGAGAUUGAUGUUAUUUUUAUGGUUCAGCUGCAAAGCACUAAACAUCUCCACAUGUCCACUAGUUGUGAUCUUUAUAGUCUUAUUGUUACCCACUGAUGAUAAGUCUCCUUCCUUUGUGUGACCUUUUGUUAUGCGGUUGUAGCGCUGAUUGCAGAAUGUUCAUUAAAAUAAUGCAUUGUCUGAUUGCCAAAAAGUCCAAUGUUAAACUAGUAGUGUGCCUUGUUUUUGUUCAUCGCAGAAGGCCAGGUGUGCAAUAAUGAAUUUUUUGUGAAAGUUUUUUUUUGCAUUGUGUAUUGUGAAUGGAGUGCAGAGGGAAUUACAGUUUUGUAUAGUUUGUACCUUGAAUAAAAUCGAUCUUUAUUAACAACAAAA